CUGCAGGAUUGCAAUCAGCCCACCCGCCCUCGGCAAUACCAUGUUUGACUAAUAAUGGACUCAGCUUGUGAGCAGCUUCUGGCGCGAUAUACUCUUGCAGCCAAUACCAUCGCGCAGUCGCACUCAAAGAACAAGCUCGAACAAGCAGCGGCGACUCAUGAUGGCGGCCAUGACUCCAAAGGGAUCCCCCGAAAGGAUGCGGUUGCCGAGGCAGACCCGGAGGCGACGGCUACAGCGCAGCUCCUCGUGAAGCAGGGCAAGCUCUUGGCGCAUAUCUGCAAAGCGAGAUGCGACGGAGGCAACAGUGGUGGUGGUGGUGGUGGUGGUGAUGCCGAUUCAGCGCACACUGACCUGCUCAGCCGGCGACUCGAUGACAUCGCGACCAUCGCCAUGGCCAAGUUCUACGCGUAUCGGUACGACCGCGUGCCGUAUUGCUGGCGGGAACUCUACACGGACGCGCUGGUGCUCAUGACCUUCCACAUCGUCAUGCGCCCGCUCUGCAGCCGCAGCCGCGUCACCGACACAGCGAUGGAUGGGGUCGUCGAGCUGCUCGACAGAGCACUCAUCACCACUGGCGGCGCAGGUAGCCUGGGCUCGACUUGGAUCGAGGAGACGCUUCACAAGCUGCAAGUGUGGCAUGAGUUUGGUAGCGCGGGGGCCGGUGCUCAGGAGCCGCCGCUGAAGCGCCAACGGACGGCGAGUGCCAUCUUUUCGAGCCGCGAGCCGUAUGGCCGGCCGGCAGUGUCGCCGGAGCGGACAUGCCCUCGUCACCACGGUUGGACGCUCGACAGGUUCGAGGACUACAUGAAUGCCGAGGGCGGCAGGGCCCGGCCGGUCAUCUUCACCGACCUCAUGGGCCACUGGCCGGCCCUCAACGAGAACCCGUGGAGGCGCCAGGACUAUCUCCUUUCCCGAACAUUCGGCGGGCGCCGUCUCGUGCCCGUCGAAGUUGGGCGCAGCUAUGUCGACGAGGGAUGGGGCCAGGAGCUCAUCCAGUUCAAACGCUUCCUCGACAAGUACGUCAACGUGCCCGCACCGGACGGCGACGAGGAGGAGGAGGAGGAGGAGGAGGAGGAGGAGGAAGCCACAGAGGGCGUCUCCACGGCGCGACCAGUGGGAUAUCUAGCCCAGCACAACCUCUUCCACCAGAUGCCGGUCCUGCGCAACGACAUCCGCGUCCCCGACUUCUGCUGGGCCGCGGUGCCCCGACAUCCCACCGACCCGUCCAAGGACCAGCCGCAGGUCGACGUGCCGCAGCUCAACGCAUGGUUCGGGCCGGCGCGCACCAUCACGCCGCUCCACACCGACGGCUACCACAACCUGCUGUGCCAGGUCGUCGGCACAAAGUACGUGCGUCUGUACCCGCCGUGGUGCAGUGACGGCGGCGGCGGGCGGGACGCGAUGCGGCCCCGCGCACCCGAACACGGCGUCGACAUGAGCAACACGAGCGCCGUGGACGUGGGCGUGCUCGAGGGCUGGGACGAGCCGCCGGAGGGGACCGAUGACGGGGAAAUCGAGGACAUGCGGCGGGGGCUCGAAGGCGUCGAGUGCUGGGAGUGCGUGCUCGAGCCGGGCGACACGCUGGUGAUUCCGAUCGGGUGGUGGCACUACGUGAGGAGCUUGAGCAUCAGUUUCAGCGUGAGCUUCUGGUGGAACUGAGAUGGAGGCUUGCAACGCGCUGGAGUGACCCCGGUGGGAGCGGGCGGGCGCGCAGAAGGACUUGCACUCCGAUGUGACUACAUGGCCCAGACGCAGUACGUGCAUGGAUGGUUACAGUACCUAAUGAGGCACAUCAUCGACGGUGUUCCCUCGGCACAGCGCGUGCCUUGCUUAGCUCUGCCGCGCAUCCUCGACGCUCUCCCCGGCUUGUGCCUCCCUGCGCGCCUUUGCCCCCGCCUUGAGCAUGUCCCACUUCUCGCGGUACUUGUCGAGCGUCUUUUGCAUCUUGCGAUUGUCCUUUUCGAGCCGCUCCAUCUGCUUGAC